AUGGCAGUUUUAUUUGUCGGACACAACGAUUGCCAGAAAGGCUUUAAUCUUAUCAAGGUUUAUCUCACUAUCAGGUCUCGCGCAAGUCGGAAACGGGAAUUUCUCACUGAUCAGAGCGUAUUCGACCGUGUAUACACGCGUAUGUAUCGAUGUAUAAAGUAGUAUCUGUUAUAAUUCAUCAGUGAUUGAAAGAGCGAAUAGGCGUAUAGAUUUCCUGAUAAGAAAAAUUAUAGAAAAUUAUUUGUGUAGCCCGCACAAUGGUAUGCAAUUUUCACGUCGAAGCCGUCGUAUGAGAAACAAAGCGUGUUGCAUUACAUAUCGAUAACAGGGAAGAAUAAUCCGAGUUUUGUGGACACUUUGUGAAGUAAUUUACGUGUGACCGAUAUAUAUUUCACAGAACGAGGCGUGCGCGACUUUCAUCAACGACGCGUUAUCGCAAGUGGGCAAUAAUCGGUUACCCAAUUAACGAAUUAAUUAUCCGUGAAGAAGAGGUACUCCGCGUCGCGCGGAUAGUGUGGCAAUAGGUGGCUGAGCUCAUCGCGCACUUUGUGAGUCAAUAUUUGACCCGCGGGAUCCACGACCGUGGUCAAACGUUGCUUGUAGGCGAUGAGAGAAUAUUUACGAAAAUGUGCGGAUUAUUUAAACAGGAACACACGUGCGCGCGUAAAUUCUUGCGUAUACAAUGUGUUAUUGCACGAAGAGCAAGAGGCUCAGCCGAGAGUAGUCACUUCGGAUUCUCCGACGCUGAUGGACGUGAUUCUGCAUGAGAUAUUUGAGGAGAGCAAUUCGUAAUAUCGAUCCGCUACAAUAUGGACAGUGCUGGAUAAUUCAAUCAAUUAGUACAAGCGUUAAUCGAUAUACAAAUAGGACGGGAUUAUCUUCAACCUGAUACUACUAUAGUGAAGAUACUACUAUACAAAAAUACAGUGAACUCAUGCCACACGUCAUACACGACGCUGUAUAUAGUCAUUAAAAUAUGAAUAGAGAAAGAAUCACUUUCCAUGGACGAGAAUCAAGAUAUAUGUUGGGCCAUAUGUAGCCUCGCUGACGAUCAAUAUUUUUGAAUGACAAGCUGACUGGACGUAUGCAAAGAAGUGUUUUCCUAAUCGAUAGUUCGGAUAAAGGAUCGGCGCGGAUUAAAAAGCUGCAAUUAUGAAUUCAAAGCAAGCGGAAACGUGGCUGGCGGUAUUGUACACCGGAUCCAUGGUACUUUGUGUCACGUCUGUCGUAUCGCUGGUCACCACAUGGCAGAAUUGGAAAAUAACGUUAGACGGCUGCAUCGAUGUCAAUUGCGGGUGCAUAUUGUACGGCAUCAGUACGUUUCGCACGUUCCUCGGCGGCGACGAGAAGCUGUGCCACUUCGCCGCGUACGCCCUCGCGCCUAUCAUCGUGAUCAGCUUGUGUCUCGGCGCCUAUCAUGGAUACAGGUGUUGCAUACAUAAAAAUUUGGACGAGCCUAAGCGGAUUAAUCAGGGACGAGUGUACGAUGAUGACAGAAGAAACCUAAAUGGACACGUCGUGAUCCAUACGAAAAACCGAGCAACUUUUAAAUGGUGGAUGCCCGUUGGUUUCCUUGCGGCGUUCGUCUGCUGCCUGUCUCUCGCCCACGCGGUCGUGAUAACCGACGGCUACUAUAAAACUUGCGAGCAAUACAGACGAAAUCUCAUUCAACUCUUGGGUUCGGGAGGCCGCGAAACUUUAGCGAUUCAUAACAGGCUACCGUGCGGCGCGAUUUUCGAUUUCAUGGAUUAUCUGCAGCCAGAUAGGAAUCACUGGAGACGCAACGAGAUGAACACCACGAUUGCUCUUCAGCUCGCAAUAUGCACGAGCUGGUUCAAUUUUUUCGCUUGGCUGGCCUCGUGCUCGAUAAAUUUCAUCAUGGCGAGGAAGAAGCAACGUAAUAUAGGAGAAAAAUUCUGCUGUUGUUGCUGUUGAAUGACGUCCUCGGUAAAAUUAGUUGCGCGAUAAAUUUGACAGCUAUUAUUUUUGCCAAAUAUAACAGAUAGAAGUUUUUCUCUUUCCUGAAGAGAUAUAUGACAGGGCGCAAGCGUAAUAUAAUUGAUGCUCAUGUUAAUAUAUAGUAUACGUUUUAUUUAUGUAUUUUAUACAGAGAUAGUGUCUUCAAUAACUAUUUUCCUCGUAUGCCUAAUAUCAAAAAAAUUAAAGAUUCACCCGUUCUGCCCGUGGAAAAUAAUCGCGUCCCUCUCAUAUUUUAUAUAGUCGCAUUCUCUUUAUACAUUUUUACAUGAUUUUCUAUAUUACACAUACGCAAUUGUGUACAUACAUUGGAACCAUAUAUUUUUGAUCGUCCUAAGAGUAAAAGUUCGCACUUUUAAACUUAGCAUAAACGAGAACGCGUGAUUUCCUUUGUAUUAUUACCUUGCCGAAACACGAUAAUUAUUUACGUUGUUGUCACUCAUGGAUAAAUGGUAAAGAAAAAUACUGUAACACCUGUUAGUGCAGGCAGUGAUACGAAAUUCAAAUAUAACUAAUAAAGUAUCCGUAAAACUUUCCGACAUACA